AUGGCUAGUUACAACGAAAAUAAAUUUGGUCUGAUCAUUCUUGGAAAUAGUGGUGUUGGAAAAAGUUUCUUAGCCAAUAUCUUACUCGACAAAGAAGCGUUCAAGCACGAAUUUUCUGCUCGAUCUGUUACUCAUCGCACCGAAUUUCAAGAGAUCACAUUUGGUGAUCACCGUUAUGCCAUCUUUAAUAUUCCAGGUUUAAUCGAAGCUGAUCAAACCCGUGUUGAUAUUAACAAACGUGAAAUCGAUCAUGCGUUUACCCAACGACCGAACUCACUUAUUAUAUAUGUAUUUGGACAGCAAAACGGUCGGAUACGUGAUGAAGAUGCCGUGGCAUUUAACGCCAUUAACGCCGCAUAUCCACUGAGUAUCGAGUCACUUCUAUUGGUAGUCAAUGGCCUUCCAGCAACCCGACCAAAGAACUACGAAGGUGAAGUAAUGCUCAUGUUACAAGACAUUAUUAAAGUGCCAGUUACGGCGGAUAGAGUAUCAUUUCUAAACCACAUUAAUCGAGAAAGCUUCGAAGAACGACAAGCUCUGAAAAAUCAAUUGUUAAGCGUCAUCGUCGAACUAUCGCCAACUGAGCACAUCAAAACACAUGACAUUCAUUUAAAAGUAGAUGAAGUUGCUAUGCUCAAGAAACAGAUUGAAGAAAUGACCAAAGCAUUUGAACAAAACAAGAUUUAUUUCCAAAACGAAAUUCGUGAACAGCAAAAACGUUACGAUGAUCUUGCUACCAAUCAAAAGAACGAGGCCGAUCAUUUUCGUCGUAUUAUUGAACGACAAACUGAGGAGGCUAAAGAAAUACGUCAGGAGGAAGCAGUACGAUCCCAAAACAUGCAAAAAGCAUACACAUCUCAGUUACUGGCGAUGCAAAAUCAGAUGAAAGCAAUGCAAGCCGAACAUGAACGACUCACACAGGAAAUGGGGACAAAAAAUAAAGUAGACUCGCAAUUGAUUCGACAAGCCCUAGAGGCAUCGAAUCGAGCACAAACAGAGCUAACACAAAAAAUACUAGAACUUCAAAAUCGCCCACCUGUCGUCGUCCAGGGCAAAAAGAAAAGUUGCUUUGUGGCUGGAACCUUGAGACCUGCAGGUCAUGCACAACCUGUCAGGUUAGGACAGGUUACAGUCUUAAUGAUGUCAGCGGCUACAUGUGGUCUGAUUCUAUUAGGAAACAGCGGCGUAGGAAAAAGUUUCUUAGCUAAUCGAUUGUUAGACGAUGAUGAAGCAUUUGAAAGUAGAUUUUCGGCACGAUCCGUAACUCGUCACACAGAAUGGAAGGACAUGCAAACUGUUGAUGGAAAACGUCUCUAUUCGGUAGCGAACAUUCCUGGUCUGGUUGAAGCCAAUCAAAAAUUAAUUGAUGAAAAUCGCAUUGAAAUUAUGAAAGCAUUUGAACAGUGUCCAUUCGCUAUCGUUCUUUUCGUUUUUGGACAUAAGAAUGGACGAAUACCCGACGAGGACUUAGUUGCUUUUAUGCGAAUUAAUCAUGCUUACGAAUUUCUGUCUAAAUCGCUGCUUAUUAUCGUUAAUGGAAUUCCAACAAAUCCACCUAAUGAUUACCAAGAAAAAACAACGCAGUUACUUCAUGAGCUCACUCAUGUAGACAAAAAACACAUCUACUUUAUAGAGAAGAUAACAUCAGAAGAAAAUAAGAAGGUUAUCCACCGUUUCCUGCAUGAGGCAGUAGCAAAAUGCGAGCCUACUUAUCACACACGGAAGCAUGACAUUGAGCUACUAGCUGAUGAAAUUUCUCGAUUGAAAAUGGAGACUAAAGAACGACAGGAUCAGUUACUGGCACAAGAAGAAGAACAUUCAAAAAGACAAAAGUUAGACUUAAUUCCAGAUGCAAUCCAAAAGCCCUACCGACCACCACAACAUUCGCUUACGGCAACGAUUGAGCCAAUACCUGAUUCCAUUGACAACAGCAAACAAUUCAACGAAUUGAUGAAAACUAAACACGAUCAAUAUAAGGCGAAAGUUGAGGAACAACUAUUACACGAUUCAGACAGAGAUGCCGAGACACAAGAACUGGCUCGACACGUCAUGAAUACCAGUGAGCGCAAUAGGGAACUAAUUACUCGGAUAUCAACAUCACCACACGUUACCGUCAUUCCUGAAAAACGAAAACAUCCAAUCAUUAAAACAAUUAGUAACAUUUUAAGUGAUGUGCUUCGUCCAUCUCGAUAUCAUGAGCCUCAUCAUCCUAAUACUCCACCUCAUGAUACCGAUGAACACAGUUCUCAUCCUUUGACUGAUCCACCUCAACCUUACAAUUCUCAUCGUCGCAAGCCGACUAAUAACUAG